AUGUAUGUUGUUGUAACAGGACACCUUACUUCCAAGAGUGAUGUCUAUAGCUUUGGGGUGGUUCUACUUGAAAUGCUAACAGGAAGAAGAGCCGUGGAGGAAAGAAUGCCUAGGAAGGAACAAAACUUGGUGGAAUGGUUGCGCCCUCGUCUUAGGGGGAAAGAUGAUUUCCGCUAUCUGAUGGAUCCAAGACUUGAAGGUCAAUACCCAAUGAGAAGUGCUCGUAGGGCAAUGUGGUUGGCCACUCAUUGUAUUCGCCAUAACCCUGAAUCAAGACCCCUUAUGAGUGAAGUGGUUCGUGAGUUGAAGUCUUUGCCUCUUUUUGAUGAUGAUGAUGACAUGGCUUCUCAUCAGCCUGGUCCCUUAGCCUCAUCAAUACCCUCAACCUCACUUCAGAGACUGCACGUAGGUCCUUCCAACCAUGCUGGUUCUAACAAGUAUGGCCUCAAAACUGGUCAAGCACCAAAUGUUCCAAGGCACUAUCAAGCCUCCCCUCGAUCUACCUCCUCUAAAUCCUGAGGAUGUUGGAUUUUCAUCAAACCCUAGUGUUGUACAACCAUGAGAUGAGAUGCAUGUGUGUGUGUUUGGUGGUGCAUGUAGUUUAUUAUGAGGAAAUAGUGCAUGUUUGAUUUCCGGUCUAACUUGUUGUGUAUGAAUUUUGAGAUCAAAUCUA